AUGUCAACAAAUGAUGUCUUUUACUUGGAAUUAUCACAACCAUUUAAUACAAUGUCACCACCUUGGAUAAAUUUAAGCGAUGUUUCGCCUCUACCGGUUAGGUUAUCGUGGGCAACGUCAUCAUAUGGAGGUGCAAAUAAUCGUAUGAUCUUUAUUUUUGGAGGUACAAUGCAAGCUGUUGAACCGGCGCAAGAUUUAGGUUCUAAUGCCUUACUUCCCGACUUUAAAAAUUUGGUUUAUUCUUUUGAUACUCAAUCAUUUCAGUGGUCUAUACCAAUUAUUUCUGGUGAUGCACCUAAUAGAAGAAGGGAAUUAUCUGCUGUUACUAAUGAUCGAGGAAAAAUCCAUUUUUUUGGUGGUAAAGCUGAUAGGUUCACGGGAUCUUCCAUUGAAGGCGAUUUCAAUGAAAUGAAUGUGUUAGAUAGUUUAACGUUAAAUUGGGAGUUGGGAACGUUGGACGGUGCUCCUACCCCAAGGGAUGGUCACACUGCUACGAUCUUAAACAAUGGUUUAAUCGUAUUCAUCGGUGGAAGAGAAAUGGCUGGACCUGAUAACAAUUUGAGUCUUGUAAAUAUGAGAUCGAUCGAUGUGUAUGAUACGAAGAGUGCAGAAUGGUAUUUCAUACAAGCCGCAGGUCCAUUAGUAGAAGGGAGAAUUCUUCACUCUGCAGUAUUAAUGCAGGAUAAUAGAAUAAUCGUCUAUGGAGGAGUAAACAGUGAAAACGGCACUUCUUCUAGUCCAGUACUUGUAGUAUUAGAUACAAGACCACAACCUUAUUUAUGGAGCAUACCGAAAAUUUCCGCCACAAUAUUUCCUCCUCCUCUUAUCACUCAUACCGCCGCAUUGGUUGGAGACUAUAUGCUCGUUGCAUUUGGUAAUAUAACCAAUACGAUUACAAAGGAAAGGGCUAUAAAUAACGAAAUGUUUUUAUUAGAUAUUAGAACCUUUACUUGGGUAAAUCGAUUUGAACCAUCUACCAUAGGAAAUUAUUCAAUUCCCAUAGGAAUUAUAAUAGGAGCAUCGAUUGGAGGAGCUUUAUUUUUGGUGGCGUUAGGAUUUGGUAUUAAAUUAAUUUGUAAAUGGCAAAGAAUUAGAAGGAAUAGGGUUCAUAGAUCAAGUUUGCCUAUUCCCGUUAGUGGCAAUAGAUAUCAUAUUAGAUAG